GUAAUGUGUUUGACCCGUCGUUAACUAUAAUGAUAGAAUUAGAUUUUUUUAUUGACGUUAUCUGCACCAUAGUACUUCUAUUAUAAUUUGAAAUGAUAAUGCCUUUUCUCUUUUAUUUCAUAAAUUUUCGUGUAAAACUCAUCGACAAGAUGUUGCAGUUUCGAUUUGCGUCAUAUAUAUUUAUUCACGUUAAUGCACGAAAAUGAUUCUUGUAGAGGUUAUCUGUCAUCCAUGAAAGUACGCAGUUUUAUUAAUUGAAUAAAAUAAUUAGAUGAAUUUGUGAUAUCGGGAUGCUAUUCGAGGAUAUUCACGUUUUAAUUUUCUGAGCAGUAAAAUUUACGAAUAAAGAAGAAUUUUCAGCAGCCAAUGUUUUCGAAAACCGCAUUUCCUUUAGGCAGGCAUUUGCGAACUUUCUUUAUUCAACAAUUCUGGCAAAAGCAUUUGAACACGUACUUUUAUUUAAAGAAGAAAUCAGAUGAGGAGGCGACAAACAAUUCUUCAGAGCAAGAAGAGGUAGAAGACACCGAUAUGGAAAAGAUUCGCAAAUACUUGGGGCACAUGUUAAGGAUUUUCGACUCGUCAGAUUAUGAUGGACAGUCGCAACAGAAAGUUCUUCGUGACCUUAGUUUAGAUGGAAUAGUAGAAUAUAUGAAGGAAAAUGAAAACCUUAAAAUUAUUACAAUGGCUGGUGCUGGUAUUUCCACAUCUGCAGGAAUUCCAGAUUUUCGAUCACCAUCCAGUGGACUUUAUCAUAAUUUAGAAAAAUACAACUUGCCUCAUCCUCAAGCUAUUUUUGAAUUAGAUUUCUUUACGCAGAACCCAGAGCCCUUCUUUAUGCUUGCAAGAGAAUUGUUACCUGAAGGCUUCAAACCUACACCCUGUCACUAUUUUAUAAGACUUCUGUGGGAAAAAGGAUUACUCUUAAGGCACUAUACACAAAAUAUUGAUACAUUAGAAAGAAUUGCUGGUUUGCCUUCUGAGAAACUGGUUGAAGCACACGGAACAUUUCAUACUGGACGGUGUCUUAAGUGUAGAGCACCGUAUACUCUUCCAUGGAUGAAAAAGAAAAUUGUUGAAGGUAUUAUACCGAAAUGCGAUGAAUGCAAAGAAGGUGUAGUAAAGCCUGAUAUAGUGUUCUUUGGAGAAGUGCUACCUGAACGUUUUCAUCAUCUAACUGACCAGGAUUUUACAAAGGCAGAUUUAUUGAUAAUUAUGGGUUCAAGUUUGGUUGUUCAACCAUUUGCAUCCUUGGUGGACAGAGUGCGACCUAACUGUCCACGUUUACUUAUCAAUAAAGAAAAAGUCGGCACGCAGGAUCGUCUGUCGCGACUUCUAGGACUGCGUCAGGGUUUAAUGUUUGACACAAAAGGUUCUCACGGUGGACGUGAUGUUGCCUGGUUAGGCGACUGCGAUACCGGUAGCGAAUUGUUAGCAGAAAAAAUGGGUUGGGGAGACGAAUUGAGAGACCUUAUAAAGAGAGAACAUGAAAGGUUGGAAGCUGAAAAUGCUAAAACAGAAUAACUAUGUUACUAGUUAGCAAUCUUGUAAGGUAAUUCUCCUCAUUAAUACAAUUGAUAUUUUAUUUCGUCGCUAUUUUUAUAAAGAAGAAGCUAUUUAGACAAACAGUGUUUGUUUUAAAGUAAUUGUAAAAAUGUCGUUUAGGUAAUUAAAAAAUUUAUCGUAAUAAUGGCAAAUAGAUAUGCUUUUGCUUAUAUCUGCUUUACCGAGUUUCCUAGAAAAUGAAAGUGGUAAUGAAAUUAUUAGUGAUAAAAAUGUAAUUUCUAAUAUGUGUCUUAAUGUCCAAUAUCUUUCUCGAAUGUGAUUAUGACAGUUGACUCACGUGUACAAAUAAAAUAGAAU